AUGCUGCCGCCUCUGACCGUCGAGCAGAUAGCUCGGCAGGCCGGUCAGUACGAGUUCGAUCCCCAGGUGCCUCUUCGCUACUGGCUUCGCUCCGCCGGCUUGCUUGUCAAAGAGGCUCGAAUAUACGAACAAGAAGGCAACGACCAGCAGGCCUACCUCCUUCUCUUCAGACAUGCCCAGCUCGUCCUCAUCAACCUCACUGCCCACCCCGACGCCCGAGACCCAAAGAACAAACAAGGGCUGGCCGCCGCAAAGAAGGAAGUCCAGGCUUCACUCAACAAGCUGGAGAUACUCAAACCUCGGAUCCGCAGGCUACACGACCGGUACCAGGAGCUCCAGCAGCGCAGUCAAGCUGAGAACCAUGCUGCGGCCACUACCACUGCAUCUACAAUGGAGGAUCACACCGCAACCACCUUCUCCGAUCUAGAUGCUACCAUUCAAAGCGCAACCACAGUGCAAGACCCAGCGCUGGCAGGCCGACCAGAGGCACUGCAGGCUGCUGAAAACAGAGACUUUGCCGUCAGACUGGCCCAGAGCGAGUUCAGGCGCAGGGCCUUUGCGCGUGGAGAUGCCAGGCGGCCGUCAUACGCCAGCUCGGAGGCCAGUGUUAGUACCGCCAACACCGCCAACACUACCAAUACUGCCAAGAUGGAAGGAGAUGUACUCGCAAGGAGACUGCAGGAGGUUAGAUCCAUGCUUAGCAGCGGCCUAUCAAAGUCUAAUACUACUUCUUCUUCCUCUCCUACCUCGAGAUCGCCCACUCUCAUGCCUAUAGAGCAGCAUCUCUCCGGAUACAGAUACCCUUCUAUCCCAAGACAGAGCUGCCAACACCAUCAUACCGGCUCCCACUCUCCUAUCCGGCCCCCAAAGAUCGAACAGGCACCACCAGUCCCAGGAAAGACACCAACCAUACCCGCUAAGAUACCCGACCCAGACAUCACCUCCUCCUCCACCGCUGCGUCAACUACCUCUCUUCUUCCCCCACUACCAAGCAAAGUGCCUCCCUUACCUCCUAGGGCAGGCUCAGUGACUCCUUCGCCCUCACACACCCCUACCCACUCACGCUCCAACACCCGCACCCUUCUCUCUUCUCCUCCAAAGCUACCUUCCAAGCAACCUCCUACCCCAGACACAGAGAAGGACAUCCUCCACCCCUCAACAUUCACCUUCAAGCCAUCCUCCUACCUCGAAAAUGGUACUCCUCUCCGCACAAUCUUCAUCUCUCCUGAUCUACGUACCCAAUUCCUCUCCCUCGCCGCCCCCAACACUGCCGCUAACCUAGAGACAUGCGGCAUCCUAGCGGGCACCCUCAUAUCAAACGCAUUUUUUAUUUCGCGGCUUAUUAUCCCAGAGCAAGAAUCUACCCCAGAUACAUGCGAAAUGCUCAAUGAGGCUGCUAUAUUCGAGUACUGCGAGGCAGAAGAUCUCAUGGUUUUAGGCUGGAUCCACACUCACCCGACACAAACUUGUUUCAUGAGCUCAAGAGACCUGCAUACCCAGUCCGGCUAUCAAGUAAUGCUGUCAGAGAGUAUCGCCAUUGUCUGUGCACCCAGCCACGAGCCGAGCUGGGGUGUUUUUCGAUUGACGGACCCCCCGGGCCUGAAAUCAGUGUUGAACUGUACUCGACCUGGCUUGUUCCACCCCCACGACGAGACAAAUAUAUAUACCGACGCCCUGCGGCCAGGACAUGUGUUUGAAGCAAAAGGUCUAGAUUUUGAGACUGUUGACUUACGACCAUCGACAUCGUCACAGAAAUGA